ACGUCCAAAUCCUCAUUAAAAAUUGGUGAUUAAUUCUCAUUUUAAAUGGUCAAAUACCAUAAAUUUAAGCCUACACAAAGUGGGAUAAAGCCUACUUUGGUGUUGGUUGAGAUGGGGGAGAAGCUUGGUCUUCAGAAGAUGAUGAAGGCCACUGCUUCAAAGGCUUUGAUUAUCAGAAUCAACUUGUUGUUCCUUGCUUUCUUUCUCAUUAUAUAUGUCGGUCUUUUUUUCCAGCCAUCUUCUACUGUCUACUUUGACAAUGCUGCAUCACUUGUUAGGUGCUCUUUGCGCGAGUGCCAUCACAAGUUAGAAAAAAGUAUGAAGAUGGAGGCGAUCUUUGAAGAGACUCAAGCCAAUGAGCCGAAGCCAAAAAGAAAUCUGACAAAGAUAGAGGUUCCAAACUUCAUGAUUGAAAUAGGGAGAGGAAUGAAGAUUGGAAUGGUGAAUAUGGAUGAAUAUGAUAUUAGUGAAUGGAAAAUGAAUGGAGAAACAGUAUCAGUGGGUUUUGAAAGGGUAUCAAAAUAUUUCAAAUGGCCAGAUUUGUUUCCUGAAUGGAUAGAUGAGGAGGAAGAGAAUGAUACACCAACAUGUCCUGAGAUAGCAAUGCCAGAUUACAGAAUAUACGAUAAAAUGGACAUAAUAGUGGCUAAAUUGCCAUGCAAGUUUCCGGAAGGAGGCUGGGAGAGAGAGGUGUUUAGGCUUCAAGUUCAUCUAAUAGUGGCGAAUUUGGCUGUAAAGAAAGGGAAGAGAGAUCGGAAUUGGAGGACAAAAGUGGUGCUUUGGAGCAAAUGCAGGCCAAUGUUGGAGCUAUUUCGAUGCGAUGACUUGGUAAAAAGGGAAGGCGAUUGGUGGUACUAUGUGCCUGAGUUAGCCAGGUUGCAACAGAAGGUUUCAUUGCCUGUUGGGUCCUGUAAAUUGUCAUUGCCUUUAUGGGGUCAAGGGAACGAUCAAGUGUACGAUCUUUCUAAGAUAAAAAGUGCCACAACGAAAGUCAAACGUGAAGCCUAUGCCACGGUUCUUCAUUCAAAGGAAACUUACGUUUGUGGUGCAAUAACCCUAGCCCAAAGUCUCCUGAAAACCGGCACCAAACGCGACCUUGUUCUUCUCAUUGACAAGUCCAUCUCUGUCCCCAAACGUGAAGCCCUGGCCGCAGCCGGUUGGAAGAUCCGAAUCAUCAAAAGAAUCCGUAAUCCCAUGGCUGCAAAGGGUACAUACAACGAGUAUAAUUAUAGCAAGUUCAGGCUAUGGCAACUCACAGACUAUGACAAAAUCAUAUUCAUAGACGCUGAUAUUAUUGUUUUACGCAAUCUUGAUCUCCUUUUCCAUUUUCCUCAAAUGUCAGCUACUGGUAAUGAUGUAUGGCUCUUUAACUCUGGUAUCAUGGUCAUUGAGCCAUCAAAUUGCACAUUUCGAAUAUUAAUGAACCGACGAAAAGAAAUUGUCUCCUACAAUGGCGGUGACCAAGGCUUCCUUAACCAAGUUUACGUGUGGUGGCAUCGAUUACCCAGAAGAGUGAACUAUCUGAAGAAUUUCUGGGCUAAUACUACCCUGGAGGCUAGUGUUAAAAACCGUUUGUUUGGGGCAGAUCCUCCAGAACUUUAUUCCAUUCAUUAUUUAGGUUUGAAGCCUUGGUUAUGUUACAGAGAUUAUGACUGUAACUGGGACAUUGAGAAUCAACAUGUUUAUGCCAGUGAUGUGGCACAUCAGAGGUGGUGGAAAGUACACGACGCCAUGGAUGAGAAGCUGCAGAAGUUUUGUGGGCUAACGGAGCGAAGGAGAAUUGAGUUAGAUUGGGACAAAAUGAAAGCUAAAAAGGCAAAGCUACCUAACAAGCAUUGGAAAAUCAAUGUUACAGAUCCUAGACGGUCUCAUUUGAUUGAUUAGAAUUAAUAUACCAUUAUUUUUUUCCCUUGUAUAUUUUUGUUCCAUUUGAAGAACAAUAUAUGAUACUGGAUGAUUUCUUCCGUAUAAUUUGUGUGAAUAGAAAUUGCAUCAAGAGCUAUAACUUUUGUUUACAA